UCAAUCAAUCAAAGAAUACAUACCCACAAGCCACAGUACACAAAACUUUCGGAAGAAAUUAGAAAGGUCAAUAAUAUCCACAUCCAUCAAUUACUCAGAAAACUUAAAGUUGCAGUGAUGCAAAACCAAGGUAUCGUCAACCCUAAGUAUUGUGCUCCAUAUAAUGUCGACCUAGCAAUUGUGAGAAAGGUCCUGACGUUAGCUGAUAGCUUUACCGUCACCGAUGUCAAUGGCAAAAUGGUUUUCAACCUUAAGGCCUCUCUCAUGACCCUCCAUGAUCACCGUGUCUUACUUGAUGCCGCCGGAGAACCUGUCCUCACCCUUCGCCGGAAGAUGAUGACAGCUCAUGAUCGGUGGCAAGUUUUCCGUGGUGAAAGCAUGGAGUUGAAAGAUUUGAUUUUUAGUGUAAAACGAUCGUCCAUUUUCCAGCUAAAGACAAAAUUAGAUGUGUUCUUAGCUAAUAAUACUAAAGAAGAAGUUUGUGACUUUAAGGUCAAAGGAAGCUGGUUCGAUCGAUCAUGUGUUGUUUAUGUUGGUGAAUCUCUCAACUUUAUUGCGCAGAUGCAUAAAAAGCACACUGUUCAAAGCAUUGCAUUUGGGAAAGAUAAUUUCAUGGUUACGGUGUAUCCAAACAUGGACUAUGCAUUCAUAGUGGCACUAAUUCUGAUUCUCGACGAAAUUAACAAAGACAGUCAAAAUCGGAAUUGAUUAUUGAGCUUUUUGUUUGUAAUUUCCUUUGGUUCUCUCGUUAUCAUAAAGAUGUUCAUUUAAGACAAAAUCUACGACAUAGAGAACGGUUUCUACGUUUGGCCGUCCUGUAUUUGGUUUUAAUGUUGUAUAUUUUAUAUUCUAGAAAAUUUUGAUAUCCUUUUUAUUAAUUUCUAACAAAGAAUGUCAUCUUCUUGUGAGAAUCCUAACUAUUUUAUUGGAUAAUUUCAUUGUUAUUAUUCAAAACAAGAAUAAAAUGUAUCCUUGCAUAUUUGUUGAUAGGUCAAAUAGAAUAUGUAAAUAUUGGAAUAAUUGUUAGAGACUCAAAUGAUGGAUAU